AUGAUGCAAGCCAAGAAGAUCAAGUACGACGUCAUCGGACUGACCGAGACGAGACGACGUCACCCUCUCAACGCCAUAUAUGAAACUGGAGAAGAACUGUUCUUAGGAACAUGCGACAGUAGAGGUGUUGGUGGAGUUGGCGUCUUUGUCAACACGAGUAUGGCAAAGAACAUCGACUCUUUUGAACAACUUACGACCCGAAUCGGACGUCUGCGGAUGAGAAGAUGUGGCCCAACACCAGCUUUGACUAUCUUCGUCGCUUACGCUCCAACAUCAAGCUACGAAGAAGAAGAAGUCAAAGCUUUCUAUAUGGACCUGGAGAAGUUCCACCGAGAAGACCAUGCCUUCUACAAGGUCAUAAUUGGCGAUUUCAACGCCAAGGUUGGCCCAAGAAGAACGCCGGAGGAACUUCACAUCGGGACCCACUGCCUACAAUGGAAUGACCAGGGGGAGAGGCUCUCCAAGUUCAUCAUGAGGACUAAGACCAUCCAUGGGAACUCGCAAUUCCAGAAGCCCUCCUCUCUACGCUGGACGUAG